AUUGGAAGUUUUAACUUCACUUAUAAAAGCAAUUAGAAGUCCUCUCGUUGAUGUAAUCGAAUCGGUUAAUGGGAUUUCGAAGGUAAUUUCGUAUUUGGAUUCGGAGGAUUUGGCUAUUAGAGUAAUGGCAAUGGAUUGUGUUCUUGAAAUCGGGUAUUUUGGGAGAAAAGAAGCUGUAGAAGCCAUGUUGAAUUGUGGGCUGAUUAAGAAAUUAGUGGAAUUACAGAGGUCGGAAGUAGGUGGUGAUUUGAUUGAUUUAGAAAAAGCUCAUCAGAAAAUUGAAGAAGAAAAUCAAGAACAAGGUAUGAAGAAGAAAAGGGGUUACAGAGAAAAGAGAUAUUUGGAGAGGCAUCCAUUUGCUAGCUGUGUAGCGAGAUUUGCAGUGCAAUUAGAAGUAGGAGAAGGAUUAAGGCAAAGAGAAAAAAGGGGUUUUAAACAAGAGAUAUUGAAGAAGAUUAGAGAAGCUUGUGAUACUGAUGCUGAAGCUGCUACCAUUGUUGCUGAGGUUUUGUGGGGUUCUUCACCUUGAAAUUAUUUAAUCA